CUGUGGGUGCUUGGAGGAGACAAGCGGCGUGGAAAGGAAGGUUAAGACCGGCAGUGAAGGCAGUUUCCAUGUUUUUGGAAUGUCCCGCAAGAACGGUUUGUUAAAACAACGGUAUUCCUACGGGGAUAAUUCAAAACUUUAUAUUGGUAAAUUUGAAGGAGAGUUUACUAACUGUUUCGUGCGCCUAAAUGAUGUCAGUGAGAAAGUUCAAGGAAAUUUGGGUUUGUCCGAGGGAUUUAAUAUGUUAAAAAGCACCUUACCACUGAGAUCAGAGGGUCAACAGUCCGGGGUCAAAGUGUUUGGGGAGCGCCGACCACGAUUAGACCGAUCCCCCAGUACAGACAGUGUGGCAGUAAGUAGCAGUGCAAGUGACUCCUGCCAAUCAAGUGACACUACUAGUGUUUCAGAACCAUGCUCACCAGAAUGUCCAGCUUCCCCAGAGACACCUCAACCUAUGCCCCCUCUGCCAGCUUCUCUGUCAGAAGAAACUAAUGACCACUCUCUUCCUGGCAGUGAAGAAUUUGACAAUGUUGACUAUAGUGUUUUAUCAGCAAGAAACUGCUCACAGGGGGAUGUAUCUGGACAUUCAAGUAUUUAUCAAGGGGACAGUCUCAUACAGGGUAAUACACCUCAUCUCAAGAAGAUGUCCAAUCUUCCUGAAUGUGAUGUGGAAUGUAAAGAAGUCCCAGGGGACCAGAUUAACUCAUCUGAGGUUUCAUCAGGGGAACCUACUGUUACAAAGACUUAUAGUGAGACUAAGAAUGAUGACAUCAUUACCUUUAAUAAAUUAGCUGUUAAAGACUGGGAAAAACCUUAUGUUAAAAAUAACUGUACUGUAUAUUCACAUUAUUCAUCUUCUAGCCAAGGUCUUUGUGCCUCAUCAUCCUCUUGCCAAUCACCAGUUGCUGCCUCAUUAUGCUGUAGCCAAUCCUCCACUGCCACCUCAUCAACAUCUAGCCAAUCAACUGCCAGUUCUCAGGCCCAGUUAAUAUUAGCAUGUAAAUGGUUGAACUGUGUUACUGAGGUUGACUGCCCAAGUGAACUUGUUGACCACAUCCGUAUUGCUCAUGUGGACACUCAGAAAAAUGGUGAACAUUUUACAUGUUUGUGGAAAGGUUGUAAAGUGUAUGAUCGGCCAUCAUGCUCUCUCAGCUGGUUACAGAGACACAUGCUAACUCAUGGUGGAAACAAACCGUUCAAAUGCAUCGUUGACGGCUGCGGACAGAGGUUUACUUCCCAGAGUGCCUUGGAAAGGCACGUCAACUCUCACUUCAAUAGCACUCCUGCAUCUAAUGCACACAAAAACAGCCGAACCAAGGAUGAUAGUCCGAGCAAGUUGCUCAGGAGGAGGAAGGUUCGAUAUCGUCAGAGAUGUUGGGCAGCCAUCAAAACUGAAGACUUCUUUGAUACUGGAGUUAUGGAACGUGUACAGCAUGAACUCAUGGAAUUGAAUGGACUCACUCAGGUAGACCUUCAGGGAACGUCCAGAACAGUUACAUUCCACAGUAUUGUUCAAGGGCGACGAGUGGAGGAGUCUGGGAAAGUUGCAGUAUUGCUACAUUGGUUACCAGAGCAGAUUUUCCCAGACGAAUGGGUGUGUGAAUCAGAUGUUGCCCAGAUGUCCCAUCUCACCAUUCCACUAACACUUCUACCUCGUGAUGCCUUAGACACAUUACAUCCAUCUAUGUCAACAUGCUCUACACGGAAACGCAAAAGGAAGUGAUUCCUUUGGAAUGCUUGGGACAUCUACUGCAGUCAAUGCAUAAAUUAGUUCUUAUCUCUCUGAUUUUUGUACUGUGGUCAGUAACUUGUGAUCUUGUUCUCCAAGUUACACUAUUUGACAUGGUGUUGCUGCACUACUAAAUACCAUAUAAGAAUAAAUGCAGUUGCAUUCUAAUCAGAAAGGAUCUUACUAUUUUGACAAGUGUGGUGCCUUGUAAGUAAGUGCUGUAUCAGUCACCAUGCCUGUAGAUAGUGUUCUGACAAAGAAAAUAGAUGAAAAUAAACUUUCGUGUUUUCUAAGUUCACUGAUUUAUCAGCUCUGUAAAAAAUAUUUUAUUUUGAUGAAAGAUGUUAAAGCCUUUAAUCAAACAGGAUAUUUAGCAAGAUAAUAUGGAUACACAUGAAUUCAAGUAAUUCACCAUAGCUUCAAUAUGUAUCAUAUGGUAGAGCACAUUAGAUCUAAAAGUGACAAGAGGCUGCUGUAAUGUCAGUACUGUAUGCACUGGAAUAAUGUUGAAUGGACUUAGAAGUGUAAUGGAAUGAAAGUAAAAAUAGUCAUAAGACAACAAGAUAAUGCAAUUUUUUUGUUUUUCACAGCUUAAUAUUUUCUUAUGUUAUUUAACUUCAAAACAAAAAUCUGCAUUUUAUAGAUCUUGUCCAAACUAGACCACCAAAGUCAAGAUCUAGAAAAUGUGAUCUCCUGUUUAGAUUUUAAUUAUUUAAUUUCAUAUCUGAUUUUUUUUACACAAUUGUAAUGUAUCAUGUUCUGUUUUUACUUUAGUUAAUGUACCCAUGGUUAUUUCAUCACUGAGUUUUGUUAUCUUUCUUCUCCGAGUGGAGAUAAAAUAUCCAGUAUCUGCUUCUUUUUUUUUUUGUUUGGUCUUGAAGUUGAUACAGUGAUUGCACUGACACCAAUAAAACUAUUUCACCACUCUGACAGUGUGAUUAAGGUCCUAUAUCUUGUUUUAUCUCACUAGAAUGUUUGUACAAACUAUGGUGCAGUCAGUGAUGUUUUAAUACCAAUAAGUUUAGUUCAAGUUAGUUGUCAUAUUCAAAGUGUUGCAUUUUCAAAUAGCAUAAAUUGACAUUUUUUCCAAAUAGUUAGAUUUUACUUAAUACAGCAAUCAUUGAUUGGGCUUUGUGUAUGUUGGUAUUUUAUAAGUCAUUAUUCAGUUCUGUUUUACUGGUGGUUUUGUAUAAUUUGAUCAGUUAGCAUGCUACAUAUUGUGAUGUCUUCUUCAACAUAAUUAAUGUAUGUUGUUUUUUGUACUGAUAAAUCAUAUUCAAAAUUAGCUUAGACACAACACUAUUAUUUCUAUUAUAACUCUAGGGAAGAAAUUCUAUCAGUUCUGUUGCUCAAAGCUACAAUGAUUCUAUUUUAUUAUUUGUAUUGGUUAGUGAUCAGUUCUAAUUGUGUAGGUGUUGUGUUAUGGCAUCUGCUGAAGUAGCAUAAGCAUUUCAUUACUAAGGCUUAAAAGCAUGUAAAAUGUUAGUUUUUUUUUUCUAGUUUGGUAACAAAAAGUUGAGCUUGAAAAGUAAGUUUUAAGUAUCAGUGCUUAUAACUUAAGAGAGUUAAUUAUGUUUUAACUUUAAUUACUAGGUUAUUAGUAAAUACAUAAAAUUAAAUAUGUUUGACUUUAUUGAUUAGUUAAUAUGUGCUUAUAUAUAACCAGUUACAUGAUUUCUUCAGAUAUUUUCUACUACUUGGGUGUAGGUUUAUCUGCAUAUUUUCACAACAGGUCUUUUUACAAAUAACGUUGGUAUUUCUAGAUAAUUUGUCAUUUCCAGAACAAUAUUGUUUUAUUUGCAGACUGGUAAUUUAAAGAAGAUUAUUUGAAUUUUAAAUCUGCUUUCAAUAAGUGAUUGUAACUUUACAUAUAAUUUGUGUGUGUUUAUAACUCUUGAUUCCAUUAAUGGUCAUUCAUCACAAGAAAAUUUAAAUAAAGUAAACCUGGGCCUUUCUUUUACUAAUAUUAACAAUGGCUUAUUAAAACAUUAUUGUUCUAGCCAAAUUAUAAUGUCAGUAUAAUUGAUUUUCUCGUUGCUAGCCUACUGUAAUCCAAUAUAUAAGUGCUGGAUUUGUUUAAUUGAAUUUGAGAGGAGACUCAAACAUACGUUUACGUAUAUUGGAGCUCAGGUGAGGUAAUACAUUCUAACAUGUGACAUAACUCCUGCUGAACACUGCCAUGACAUGUGACAUAAUUUCUGCUGAACCACAUGAUAUAACUCAUUCUGAACACUGCUAUGAAGAAAACUCCCACAUUCUAAUAUGUAAUAUAACACCUGCUAAACACUGCUUUGACGUAUGACAUAACUCCUGCUGAACAUUGUUUUGACAUAUAACAUAAUUCCUUCUGAACACUGCUUUGACAUGUGACUCAGCUGUUGCUGAAUACUGCUGUGUACAAACUCCCAUAUUCUAAUAUGUGACAUAACUUCUGCUGAAUACUGCAGUGAAGUAAACUUCCAUUUUUUUUCCCAUUGAAAAAGAUAAACCCAGAUUUUUUAUUUGAAAGACACAAAAUAAUCUACUAUUGUCUGAAAGCUGAAGCCCAUUAGUGUUUGUAACUGAAAAUUUCAUAUAUGGGUUUUAGUUUGUCUGUGAGAUGAAAAUAUUAGGGUGGCUGCAGUCAUGCUAUAGUUUUAUUGAGUGACUGUAGUCAUGCUAUAGUUUUAAUGAGUGACUGUAGUCAUGCUAUAGUUUUAUUGAGGCCGUAGUCAUGCUAUAGUUUUAUUGAUUAUCUUACCCUUUGUCUAAUUAUAAUAGAUACGAAAUAGCUUUUUUUACCACAAAUUAGAGAUAGAACCUGUGAUAUGGUAUUUCUAUACAUUGCCUAUUAGAUAUAUUGAUAAGCAAGUUUAUCAUGCAGUAUGAAUGUUUUCUUAAAAUAUUCAAAUAUUGGAAGUGAUACAUAUUUCUUAAGUACAGCUAGCUUUUUUCUACUUUUGUGGGUGACACUCCAAGACUAUACUCUCCUUUUUUAUAUUGUUCCAAUUUGACCAUAAUUAAAUAUGAUUAUGAAGAUAUUUAAUGUUUCUUUUGUUGUGAGCAGACUACUUGAUGCUUCUUAGUAGAUGCCUUGAAAACUAUUUAAAUUUUUUUCCCUCACUUUUUCAACAACUACUUACUACAAGUACUUGUGUUAUAAACUGAAAAUUUAGUUUCUUUUGAUUUAUAUUUGUGUGAAAUUUUGACUUUUAGACCUAUUUAAUGAUAGAUAGAUGUAUAUUGGAUGAGAACUAUUAUUAAGUGUCAUUAAUAUUAUUUCUGUUCUUAUCAUUCAAAAGCAGUGCUAUGCAUGUAUUAAUUAUCAUCAUAUUGGUAUUCAAAGCUUUAUCUGGCCAGGCUGCUAUUUUGAAGUAUCACGUACAUUUGUAUAAUAAUUAAGGUUUUAGUAGUUGCUACAUCUAAGGUAACUAGAAAACAUGUAUGAAAGAGAAUUGUUACCCUGUUUAUUGUUCUAAGGUAGCAAUUUUUCAUUAAUUUCAGAAGAUUUAAGUCAUUUUAUAUAUAUAGUUGUGUGAGACAAAGAGAAGCAGAAAAUUCCACUGCCAGGAGUGGAAGGGCAAAUGUAGAAAUAUUAUUUCUGUAUAUGUAUUUAAAGAGUGAAUGUAUUGCUAUGAGGCUAAAUAUAUAGCCAACAGCUAACAAAACACUGCCAUUGUUAGUCAAGCAAGUUAAUCACAUUGUAAGCUGAUAUAUUUUCUCCAGUGAUAUUUCAUAAUGAUGGCUAAUCCUUGUUUUAUGUGAAGUAUCCUACCAUUACCUUAUUAGUUCAGUGAGAUAUCCCACUCUUAAUUAAUCUAUUUCUUCACUGACAUAUCCUAGUGUAAGUUGAUAUUGCCAUGGAAAUAUUCCAUUGUAAGGUUCUUUAUUUUUCAAGGCUAAUCAAUCUAUACAUUGAGCUUAAAGAUGUCAGUCUUAUCCAACCAUGUUUAAGAAUCUCAUUCUUUCUUCAGACAAAUGUAGCAUUCACCAUGAAUUUUCUCACUAAAUCCCAUUUCCAUUAUGAGUUUAUUUAUAUUUUUACUAUAUUCAUCCCAUAAAUAAUCACUAAUUCAGUGAGUUUUUCUUAAUUCUUUUGGAAGGAGCUAUAAGAAGCCUAGUUAGGUUUCUCUCGCUUUUCGGUAUUAAUUCUAUUAUAAACAAGCCCAGUUUUUCAGGAAGCUGAUUUUACUAUAAGUAAACUUAUGUUCUCCAAAAUUAGAAAACAGUUCAGUGUUUUUGGAACUAAUGUAUUCAAAAUUCCAGCCUUUCAGGAAACUAAUAUCAUUCUUGCCAAUCUCUACUCUUUUAAGAGAUAAUCUGAGCUGAACUUUCUUGGAAACUUAUCCUACUGCUGGCCAAUCUAAAAGUGAACUUUAAUGUAGAUUUAGUUAUGCAGAAUGAUAUUGUUCUUCAAAGGUCUCUUGCCAGUGGUAAUCCUCCUCUUAAAACAUUUUAGCUUGUGUUAUAGUUAUUCAGCUGUUUAAAGCUGUAUACUAAACAUUAUCUUUAAAGAACUCAUGUAAAAUUUCCAGAAAAAUCAUUGUCCUAAAGAACUCCGCCCAUCAUAGAUUUUCUAAAGUUUUCAGUGAGCUUGUUUUAUUUAGAAAUAGACUUAUGGAAGUCAUUCCAUAUGAGCCUCUCAAUCUGUCUGUUAACCUUAGUUUUGUUUCAGAGUUUCUAACUUCAAAGACAGACAGUACAGCUAAACAUGUUUUUGUCUGUAUGUAAUUCGUUGAUUGAUAAUCAAAAUCUGAGGUCCAAAAAACAGUCCUGUCUAAUUGAGUAUGUCUGGAAAAGAGUAUGUUUUAUGCAUCUUUGGAAAAAAUGCAUAUUUGCUUAGGUAUUGUAUUCUAGGAAUUACUUCUAACUCUACAUCAUUUGCCUGUGGACAACUGUAAUUUUGUAAUUAAGCCACAUACUUAAUAAAGCACUUCCUUCAUAUUAUGAAAAACACAUUUACUACCAAUAAGCAUACUUAGGAAGUACAAUGUCUCUUGUACUUAAUAACAAUCUCAUUGUGAUUACUUUGUGAAUGUAACUACUUUGUUAAAUAUACAAUUUUUCAUACCAAAAUGUGGAUUUCUUCAGCUGUUUUGGUUCAUCAGAUGUUUGUGUAGUUAAUAAACUGUAAAUAUAAGAUUUUUUUCUCACAUGCCUCAUGCCUUACUGGAGUAGUCACUUAUGAAGAGCAGUAGCUAUCAGAAGCUUCACCUCAUCUCAAGUUAAGUAGAGUCAGAGGUCUUCUGAGAUUUGGAACGGGUAUGUAGUGACCAUGUAUCCAGAAACUUGAAAUAAGGCAUGGGUGUGGCACUGAAAGUUUAAACAGCAAGAUUACAUUAGUGUACAAUAUUUGUACCUGCUAAAAGGUUCAUACUUCGGUUGCCUUUUUUUUUUAUUAAUAACUGCCAGAUGGGUGUUAUUUUUGAAACCUCUUGUAUAUAUGUAGUUGUAGAUGAGUUAUUGUUUUGUACCUGUGAGGUUUGUCUUUGUGGUAAGUUAAAGUAUAGUCAGCUUGUUACAUUUCCUGCAUGUAGAAGGAAACUCUUACAGGAAUAGUAACUGAGCUAAAUAUUUAAUCUUUGGUGCACAGUUAUUUUUAAAUACUGUACUGUGUGAAUAUAUCCAUUAAAAUAAUUU